AUGAUCCUCAACCCUGUUCUAAUCACGGCCGGAGUUUUCGCCGGCGUUGGUCUAACGAUGACGAGCCUUUACUACCUCCUCUCCAGGUUCCGCCCCGCCAUCCAUCAACUCCCGCCUUCGCCACCGCAGCCGCAAGGCCCGAAAUCCACUGCAGCAGCAGAUCUGAAGGAGGUUCUCAGCAUAAUUCCGGUGAUCUAUCAUUCUAAUAACGAAGGCUAUCGCGAUUGUUCUGUGUGUCUUUCAUCGUUCGAAGAAGGCGAGAAAGUUCGUUUCUUGCCCGAUUGCGGCCAUGGAUACCACGCUGUCUGUAUCGAUAAAUGGCUCUGCACCCAGCUGAGCUGCCCGUUUUGCCGAUCCCCCGUUAGUACUCCGGCGAAGUCUUUGGUCGCGGAGCCUGAGGCAGGGGAGUCGUCGACUGCUUCGAGGACUCUUCUGAGGAUAAAAAUGGCUUUUUGGCGAAACAGGACACCGCUGGACUCCUCGACUGGGGAUGAAGGAUCGAACGGUGGAGGGACGCCUGGGCAUGAGAGGGAGGAAAGCUCUCCGGUGUGA